AUGAACACAAAUGAAGACGUUGUAAUGAAUAGUAUCAACCAAACAUUGAUGACCCACUCAGAAGCUUUCGGAAUCAUCUUUAAACAUAUUGAGAAUUUCUCAAAAACAUUGGACGGAUUAUCUAACCACAUCAAUAAUCGGAAACAAAAGGUAAAGUCAGUUAAAUUAGUCUCCGACAGCAACCAACCAAUUAAACCUAAACAACCUCUUCCUCCAAAAACAACACUCAUAGAACAAACUCCAUCCCCUGCACAUCCUUAUCGAACUGAUGGACCAUCAAACCAAAUAUCUAAAAUCAAAAAUAUUACACAUCCAACAAACAAAUCGAAAAUCAACAAUCAAAAUAAGACAACAAACUUCAUCACCAACACAAACCUCACCAAACCAAUUGAAACAAGCACAAACCUCAUCAAACCAAUUGAAACAACUUCAAAGCCCCAAAGUCAACCCCAGCUUCAAUCUAAGAGCCCACCUAUCAACACCAGCUUCAACCUGAAUGAAUCGCAAUCGUCAUACUUGCAAAUAGCCAAGACAGCCAAGAACAUUACAUUUGAUCCAACAAAAAAAACUCCGCAAAUCAAAUCCUACAAUACAACAACAACCAUGUACCCUCCUGCUAAAAGAGCUAAAACAAUUAACUAUUCUCACUGUGUAUCUAUUUACCUCAGUAAGCAUAUCGACUCAGACAUCACUGAAUUUAUUACAGAUGCAGUCAAAGAAAAACUUACAUCAUGGUACAUACCUAACGACAAGACGCACGUACUCCAACUUGUCUGUAACAAUCAUGAAGAUUAUGUAUCAACCUUGGGAAUUUUAAACUCACAAUCAACAAGAGACUCCAGUCCAUUCAAAUACGUUGUGACUCCUAUGAAUUUCUCACCAGCUGAACACACCCUCAAAUAUCAUACUUCAUCAUAUGACGAGAUGAUGAAGUAUACUACCACAUUAUCAAAAAUUUUUGGAAAAGAACUAAUGGAGUUAAAGAAACUAAUACCAGUUAUGACAGAAAUUGGAAAAAAUUACAAAAUUCCCAACAAGUAUCACUCCACCAAAUGGCACAAAACCAACCUCAAAAAACUCAUAUCUACAACCAAAUAUUUGGUAGAAAAAUUCAAAAAACAACAAGAAAACGAAGUGACUGGUGCAACCAAUAAUUUCCAAUUCAAUAAUGACCUCUCAGCAUUAGAAAAGAAUCACAAAUCACUUCAAGUAGAAUGUACUGAAAACUCAAUCAAACUGGAAUCACAUUCUAAACAAAUACAAAACAUCACCAAUACACUAACAGACCACACAAAAUCCAUACAGACCAUUUUUGAAAAACUCAACGAAAUAGCUUCCAAAAUGGAAAAUAUUGAAUUACAUUUGACAAAACCGUACCAUCAAUUAAUUCAUGAAUCCAAGGAUGAUGUAGAAGAUGAAGAUGAUGAAUCUUAUCACCCAAAACCAAAUGAAAAUAGUGAUGAUGAAAUGGAAUAUGACGAAGAAGAAGAUAUAGUAGAACCUAGAAGAGGUGAUAAACCUCUUGGAAAUAAGAACAAUUAA